AUGAUACAUUCAAGUUAUUUUAAAUUAAAUGAAAUAUCAAAUAUAACGCAAGACUUCAUAAUUUAUACUGCUAAUAUACUUUCAGAACUUGACUUUUCACAAGAUAUUUCAAAUAAUGGAACGGUUGACUAUACAGUUAGCCAAUUAUCAAACUUUUUUCAACGUCGAAAUCUAACUAUACCAGCAAAAAUAGUUGAUCGUUGGAAUGGUUUUGCUCAUGGAAAUACACCUUUAGAUAAAAUUGUUUGUAUACUUUGUGGCUAUGCUAUAUUUAUAUCAAUGUGUACUUGGUACUUGUCAAAAACAAGAAACAAUUAUAGACGUACAGUUGGACGAGCUAUUAGAGAAGGUUUAAAACAACAAGGAAUUGUAUUGAAGGUUGCAUUUUUUAUUGCCAUAGAAUUAGUUAUAUUUCCAAUAAUAUGUGGUAUUUUAUUAGAUCUAUCAACAUUGCCACUUUUCCCUGUUGCAACGCCAACAUCACGACUAGAAUUUUAUUUUGAAUCACCAGUCACCUCAACACUUUUGCAUUGGUUUAUAGGAACAGCAUUUAUGUAUUAUUUUGCAGUUUUUGUCACUCUUUGUCGUGAUACUGUAAGACGUGGGGUAUUAUGGUUUAUUAGAGAUCCCAAUGAUCCACAAUUUCAUCCAAUCAAAGAAAUUUUAGAAAGACCGGUAUUAACACAGCUCAGGAAAAUAUGUGCAAGUGGUAUUAUGUAUAGUGCAAUGAUUGUGUUUGGUAUAGGAAGUGUUAUAUAUUUUCUUCGUCAUUGUAUUAGAGGAAUUUUACCACUACAUUGGUCUUUUUCUGAGCCAAUUUCUGAUUUUCCUGUUGAUCUUUUGAUAUUUCAUAUAAUUGUACCUGUUACUAUUGGUUGGGCCAAGCCAAAGCGUUUAUUUAUUAGCUUAUUUGAAAAGUGGUGGCGAUUUACUUCACAUCAAUUACGGUUGACAUCAUUUAUGUUUGGUGGACGACAUGAUUCAGAAGAGGGGACAAUUGUGAGAAAGACAUGGCGAGCAAUUUUUUUUAAUUUAAGCCCAAAAAUUCCACCACCAGGAGUUGUUGAAAUUGAAGAUAAUAGCAAUGAUGAUGUUGAAUUUGUAAGAGAUGGUGGAUUUGUUAGAGCACCAAAUUAUGACGGUGUUCCUGUUGUACCUGGGAAAAGAAUGUUAGUUCCAGUGACAGAGGAUGGAGUGUUACUUGAUUCUAAUGAUGCACUUGUUGGAGAAGAUGACUUACUACAUUACAUGGUUGUUUAUGUUCCACCUAAUUUCAAAGCAAGAAUUAUUUUAUUUUUAUUUCUAAUGUGGUUAUGUGGCUCUUUAUUUGGUUGCUCAGUAACAGUUUUGCCACGAGUUUUUAUGGAAAUAUUGUUUAGAAAAGUUAGACUUUUUUUUGUGGAUAGAGAUAAUAAAAUAAAUUGGGUUUUAGUUAAAGAAAAAAUCUCAGAUACAUUAAUAUCAGCAUUUAAAGUUCUCUAUAUUGUUUUAUCAUUUGGAUUUAUCAUACCAUUCCUUCUUUCAUUUAUAAUUGACCUUUAUAUGAUUUUGCCAUGGAAAAAGAUUACAACCAAUUCACAGACAAUCUCAUUUUUACAGGAUUGGGCAUUAGGAAUUGUUUAUAUGAAGAUAAUAUAUCGAAUCAUUUUUAUGUUACCAGAUAAUGAUUACAGUAGAGCAAUUAAUGUUCUUACAGCACAAGGUCUUAGAAAUAUGGAUCUUGAAUUGGUUACCAGUGUUUUUAUAGCACCUAUUAGUCUUAUUGGGCUAGGAGCCAUAAUUCUUCCAGGAUCAGCUGCUCUAUUCUAUAUUGAAAUAUAUGAAAUAGCCAAUCCAAACACAGUUACAAUGUUGUAUCGAUAUGUUUACCCAUUAUUUUUAUCAUUUGUGUUUGGAUAUUAUGCUCAACAGCAUAUAGUUCAACUUAUUAAGAAAUGGGUUGAGACUGUUAAAGAUGAAGAAUUUUUAAUAGGUAGAGUAUUACAAAAUUAUGAAGAACAACAAGAACAAGAAAAAAAUGCAGUGGUCUCACAAGUAAUAUAA